GCUGUUCAUAAAAUAUUAUUCCCCUUAAAAAAGUUUCGUAUUCAAGCUGUAUUUAGAGUCACACAAACACCAGGUAAGCCCAGAUUUUUUUUGUCUUUUUUAUUUUUCCAGCUGUUAUGAUACCUCGAUUACCGCCCGUCUUGUUAGCAUUGAUAGGAGGUGCUUCCGUGUAUGGAAUUAAGUACGCCCUUGAUCGUUUCGAGCCUAAAGCUAUUGGACCACCAGGCUCCUCAGAACAUUAUGAAAGAGUACUGAAAUACAGACGUAACGUCAAAAAUGCAGGUGUGGCAGCCGCAGCAUCUGGUCUCAUUUAUGCAGGCUAUUGGAUUUAUGAAUCUCGCCAACACCGUCAAUCACCAGCAGUAGUAAGUCAUAAAGACUACGAGCAUUCUCGGGCCUUUUAUGAAGACCAGUAUAAAGAAAGAGAAAAGAAGUUUGCAGAAGAGAGAGAAGCGCUACUUCAGUCUGAAAGAGAGAAGGAAAAGUUAGCAAGGCAGCAAUUAGAACAUGAAGUCGCAGCUAUGAAAAAAGCAAUCGACAAAAACAAAUAAAGAAAUUACAUAAUACGCCUUUCACAAGA